AUGAGCACGCCCCGCAAACGCACCACCUCCAUGGAGCUCGAGGACAUCCCAGUCCACCUCCUCACCUUUCCCCGCAUCGACUACUCGCUUGCUCCCAAUGCUCCUCCUCCAUCUUCUAAUCUCACUGGCCGCCGCGACCUUGCGUUAGGAGAAGGCGCGCGUUACGCCUCGCGUACAUGGGCCACGGCCUUGCGUACCGGCAAACGGGAGUUGAUUGACCACCGCUGCUUUACCCUCGCUGUGCUGGACAAGGUCAUCGAGUUCCACUGCGCGAGGAGGUGGUGGGAGUAUGAAUAUUCCAAGCUCAAAGCACCCCGCCCACGACGCAUCUGGCCCAACUGCCUCACAGUGCCCCAGUGGUGCCAAAUGAAUGAGUCGUUCAUUCCUAUCGCGUAUGGUCUUGCCGUGGGCGCCUAUCCCGACAUCAGCUUCUUUGCUAAUCCUCAUGCGCUGCUGCCGCCGCCGCUAGAUAUCGUCGUUCCAAUUCUUACACCCCUCACCCAUUGGCUCCAUCUCCCGGGGGAUAGCCGCUCGGACUAUCGUCACAAGAGGCGACCACCCAUCAAUGUCAUGGAUGCUCUCGGCCCGUUCUAUUGGCCCCCCGUCGAGGAAACGAAGGUCGUCCCCGCCAGGUAA